UGUUGUCCUGCAGUAGUGGUACAGCCCACGCGCAGCGGUCGCUAUGGAGAGCAGCUCCCCGGGAGCGCGAGCCAGCCAGAGAGAGCGAGGAGCGAGGAGCGAGGAGGAGGACGGACCAGAGCGAGCCAGAGCGAGCGGACCAGAGCGGAUCAGAGCGAGCCAGAGCGAGCGGACCAGAGCGGACCAGAGCGAGCCAGAGUGCUCAAACAGACAGGAAUCACCAUGGAGAACAGAUCAGCGCUCAGGAGGACUAGCGGACUGCGACUUUUAACGUCACUUCUCACCUUUUACGGACUUACCUCAGGUGUGAGCGGUAACCAGGUGGUUGUUCCUGAGAAAGUGAAUGCCGUGCUGGGGAAGAACAUCACACUGGGCUGCAGAAUAGAGGUGGGCUCCAACCUCACACAGAGCUCCUGGGAACGUCGUCUUCCUUCAGGCACCAUUACCUUGGCAGUGUUCAACCCCGAGUUUGGAACCUCCAUCUCUCCAGACUACGUCAAGCGCGUCUCGUUUGUUUCCCCCUCCGUACGAGACGCUACCAUUACCAUUGAAGGAGCUGGAUUUGCAGAUAUCGGGUCCUACACCUGCAAAGUGGUAACCUUUCCUCUGGGCAAUACACAAGCAUCAACCUAUGUUAAUGUAUUAGUGGAGCCAAAGGUCUAUGUGUCCGCCGGCCCCACAGCUCUGCUGGAUGGUGGGAAUGAGUCACUGGUGGCCACCUGCAUAGCGGAGCGCGGCCGUCCUGCUGCUGAGGUUUUCUGGGAGACGGAGCUGUACGGUCGAAGCGAGAAGCAAAGUCAGGAUGAGCCCAAUGGCACCACCACCGUGCACGUGCGCUACAUGUGGCAACCGCAGAGCUACGCCCAGGGGAAGACGCUCACCUGUGUGGUGCGCCACCCGGCCCUGCAGACAGAGUUCCGCAUACCCUACGUACUAAAUGUUCAGUUUGCUCCGAUGGUAUCGAUAAUGGGAGUUGACAAAAAUUGGUAUGUGGGUCAAGAGAAUGUGAAGUUCACCUGUGGAGCCAAAGCCAACCCACCUGCCCGUCACUUCUCAUGGAUCAGGUUGGAUGGAUUGAUGCCCGACGGUGUUGACAUAUCAAACAAUAGCUUUGCAUUCACUCGUCCGUUGGAGCGCAAUGACUCUGGAGUGUACCGCUGUGAAGUGAUAAACGACGUCGCUCUCCGCAGUCAAGAUGUAAACCUCUGGGUGCAAGAUCCUCCCCCCACCACGGCCGCCCCCAGCACCACCGCAUCCCUGCUCCACGGCACCUCCGGAACCGGCACCGCUGUGGACCAGCGGAGAGCCCAGUUCACCUCCCCGACCCUGGCCUCCUUAACCGACAGCAGCCUGGGUACUAUAGUCGGCGGGGCUGUAGGUGGAGUUUUAUUCCUCCUUCUCUUGCUGAUCCUUGGCGGGGCCUGCUUCAUGCGACAGCGCAGGACCUUCAGAGGAGACUACUACACCAAACAGUACCUGGGACCCUCCGACAUGCAGAAGGAGUCUCAGCUGGACGUGCUGCAGCCGCAUGAGCUGCAGGAGGUCUACGGGGACAAGACGAGCAAAGGCAGCCAGGAGCUGAAACCCAAACUGGGUGGAGACAUCAUUUACCCCGACUACACCCCUGACCACAAGGAUAGGGAUGACUGGGCUGACAGGGGGGAAGCCCACAGGGGCCUCAAGGAGGGAAACUACUACCCAGAUCACUACAACACCCAAAACAUGCACCCCUGCGGGCCUCCUGUGCACAGCCCCAUAGGGAACAACGGCUCCCCCUACCUCCCGGAGGACUGCUACGACAAUGGUACAGACAGCGACUAUGUGUCCCACAUGGACGGAUCUGUGAUCUCACGCAGGGAGUGGUAUGUUUGAGGAGAGGAGCGAAGGAACAAACAGACAAAUUCAACGACUGACUGAGAAUGAUUGAACAGUGACAGAUAUAAAUAUCGUUAAAGGUGUCAUUUCAGUAAAAGGAUGAAUCCAGUUUCUCAGCCUAGUCUCACAAUGAGCUCUUUGAACAAUAAUGCUCUGCCUUGAUUGUAACCACUGACCUUAAGGACGUGUAUGUGGAUUGUAUUACACUUCUGUAGCAUUUCAAGGAGCUACAAAUAAGCUGGAACGCCUCGGUGAUAUUAUCUUAAGAGGCUUUGGCAUACAGUGAAGUUUCAACUGUUGUGAAUGAGGUUUUGUAUUCUGCUUGUUUGUGUUUGCACCUGUCUUUAGCGCAGGUCACAGGUCACAGGUCACAGGUCGGGUGUUCAGACCCUUGUUAGUGAAGUAUUUAUAUCCCCGACAGACUGAGCUCUGCUUCCCUAAAACCUCACAACUUCUGUGGCAUUUUCAAAGUGGUCUUUUGAUUGCUUACAGCGUUUUCAUACUGUUGAAAUGUUUAUCAUGGCUUCAACCAGUAUUUAAAGCAAAUUAUAUUGCAUGAGUUUUUUAAAAGCAAACGGUAUCAUCAAGUUAAAGGGAAUGUUUGUUAGUCACAUGAUUAAAAGGGAGAAUUACACAGGCAUUGUUCUGAGGGAGAAGCAAACUGACUGACGCUAGUAUAUUACAAAGAAUAACCCUUUUAAACCUCGCGUUAAGUUCUUCAGUGGCUUUUGUGAAGUCACGGUAUCUUCUGUAAAUUAUUCAUGAAAUGGCGAGCCUGUCACCUGACAGAGAGAGAGGUCACUCCCUGUGGAAGCUUCAGUUCAGCUAAUUUAUUUUACAGAUGUCUCUGUUCUUAAGUUGUAGUAUUUAAGAUUUCAGUCCUGGUUGAUUAGGCGACACCUGUGGUUUAAUACUGCAGCAAACACUCUUUGAGCAGCUACUUCACAAGAGGAGCAUCUGGGGAAUCUUGUACAAAAUUAAGAAAAAUGGUCCGCUGACAAAAAAAAAGUAGAAAUUUACACUUGUCUUGUUUUGUAGGCGCCUUUUUGAUGAACGAUCCUGGUAAACGCUAGCUGCAGUGACAAAUACUUUCCAUUUCCUGUGGGUGCUUCACAAUAAAAGCCGCCCUGCGCUGGAUUACAUGCAUGCAUUGUUUCCUCUGAAUCCCUCUAAAACCAUAUAGAGAGAAUUACUGCAACAUAAAUGGUGCUAAAAUUGAGUUUAAUUUCAUGAAAAGCUUAAGAAUUCUAACUUUAACCAAAUACCUUAUUAUUAUUGUUGAAAUGUGUUAAUCCAGUCACUUUCUAGCAGUGAAAAAGCACAACUCCGUUAUUACAGUUGUCAGUGAAGUUCAAAGGAAGCCUCCCAGGCUUCGGCCCUCUCCACUUAGCCAUGAUAACAGGCUGCAUCGCUGUCUUUCCCAUUCUCCCUCCUCUAUAUCCUCUGAUUUCUGUCUGCACACAAACACCAAUUGGUCAUUAUAGUUUUUAUUUUAAACGUGGGAUCAAAGCAAUGAGUUAUAAAUACCAGAUGUGACUAUCACAGCUGUCAUCAUCUGACGUUAUGUGGCUCCAUAAACCACCAACAGUUUCACUGCUCCCACUCGACGCUCCGCGGCCGUUCCUAACGGUGAAUAAGCAAAGCAGAGUGCAGAAAAAGGAGCACAACCUAAGCAUAAACUGAUCCUUCAGCUUUAGUUUGGAUGUGUUUGAAGUAGGAUCGCGCGAAUACCUCACAGCAGAGUUGGAAACAUUGUGUGCGGCUGACAUCACUACUGAUCACAGAACAGGCUAUAAUGUUGGGGUUUGGCUCCUCGGCAGCUCCUCUGAGGAUAUACAGCGAUCAUGGAAACUAGAAAUUGAAUCCACGACUGAAAAAAGUUGCUUUAAGAACCAUCUAGGUUGGAGCUGUCUGUGUAAUGCCUCCCAAAGGGAUAUAGAUUCUUUUUUUCUUUUCCUACAAACAACAAACCCAGUGACGUUCAGUUGAAACAAAAGAGUUGACAUCAUGAAUGAUCUCAUAGCUUGAUUUGACCUUCCACUUUUCCACUUAGUGCUUUGCUGUGUCCUCAGGAAUGAUACUCGGAUCAAAGUGGCCUCACAUGAAAGGGAAAACAGAACCCUUUUUGGAAAGAUCUCCGUUUUAGAAGAAGGAACCAUAUAUGUGUAUUACAGUCAGGUCGGGGGGGGGAGGUAUAUUUUGAGGUCUCCUUUCUUAUUGGGGUUUUAUAGAUUGUGGGUGCUCUUUUUUUGAUUUGAACCCUUCUCCACCCACGUGUUCCCAUGCCAGGGCUUUGGUGGAAAGGUUCAGAUGUCUGAGAAUAAACUACUUUAAUCUCGCUCUCACUCUCAUCGUCGCACACACGCACCCAUCCGCUGCACAUCUGCCCCUGCAGCCCACAUUCAGAGAGCAGCCCUCGCCUCAGACCUUCAGCUUUUUAAUUAACUUUUCUUUUUUUUUAUCUCUCAUCGCACUUGGCCACUAAAGUGCUCAUAUAUAGCACAUCCGUGUCUGCAUGCACACAUUCUUAUACAUAUUGCUGAUUCAUAGCUGUCAACUUGUUUCUCAUUUGGUAAAGGCGCUCCACACAAACUGCUGUCUCUGCUCUAAACAUGAUCCUUCAGUCUGUGUUCCUCUCUGAAGACUGUCUGACUAAAGCAGAGUGAGCUGAAGUCAUGAAUGUUUUUGUAAAGUUCUUUCUCCUUUUGGAUCGCUCACCAACUGGUUGCAUGUAAAUUAAGUUAUUCGCUACCUACUACGUUCAUUAUUUCUCAUCACCAAUGUUUAUCUACAUGUACAUAAUGCUAAUAGGUUAGCGUAGGAUUAGCGGUUUGAUUUAUAUGCUCGUGUACAGUUUGUUCUGGACUCCCCUACUGAAUAGUUGGUGCCUUAGACGGGCUGAGCAAUGCACAGAAACUUUGAAAAAUGACAAGCAUUAAUAUAAAGGAUAUUAAUAUCAUUAAAGAGGAGGACUGCCUGGUCCGUUAAUAUGUCUUCCGUCUUGAUAUUUAAGAUUUGCUGUUAUCAAAACAUCAGAAUAGACAUAAGGAUGAUUGUCAUGCCUUAUACACUUGGAAAGGACACAUGUAACACGUUAGUUACUCAGACAACUAGAGCAAGUUUCACUGGGAAUUUAGGAAAGCCAGAUUCAUAGAAGAUAUUAUUGUCCUGUAAAUAUGCUGGCUGUUUUUUUUAUUAUUAUUGAAAAAAAAAAUUGUAUUUUUUGUAUGAGGUCUGUACUUCUCAGAGUAUUAGUUUAUCUUACGUGCGUUCGAGGAGCUCAUGAUAACGUAGAGGGCAAGUCUGUUUUCACUGCAUUUUAUAUUUGUUCUCCAGAGUUUCUGACCAAUUCUUUAGUAUGUUGUUGUUUGAAUGAUUGAUGUCUCACAGGAAUCACAGAUGAGAGAGCGAUAGAUUGUAUUUUGUUCCUUUGUUUGCAAUAAAAGGCCAUCAUUGUUGCACUCAAA